AUGGCUACGUUCUUGACGAAGAGCUAUUUUUCAUCACGAAUAAAACGCGGCUUUCAACGACAGCGACCCGGCGAAGUUUACACGUGGCGCAACGGUGUCGAGUGGAAGCGGGGGAAAAUUCUGAGGCAUGGCUUAGGCGUGCUGGUGGGCGCGGGUGCCACCUGCGGAGCAUUGUUAUAUUUCCUGGACCGAUCGGUUCAGGCGAUGGGGCGCGACGCGCAUCCGCCCAGCUAUCCCUGGGACUUUGAGAGAUACCUGAAAUCUCUGGACCACUCGGCCGUGCGACGGGGCUGGCAAGUCUACAGAACCGUAUGUCACACGUGCCACAGCUUGCGCUACGUGCGAUUCAUGGAUCUGAUCGACGUGUCGCACACGAGGGACGAGGUCAAGGCCAUCGCGGCUGAGUACGAGGUAGACGAUGGACCCGACGAAGAAGGAAAUUACUACAUGAGACCUGGAAAAUUGUCUGAUCUACUGCCACCUCCUUAUCCAAAUGAGGAAGCAGCCCGAGCGGUAAACUUCGGCGCCUAUCCACCAGACCUGACCUAUAUCGUCUUUGCUAGGUGGAACGGUAGAAAUUACUUAUUUUCUUUGCUGACGGGAUGGAUGGAGCCGCCAGCGGGCAUAACUUUAGCCGACCAUCAACAUUUUAAUGCCUAUUUUCCUGGAAACGUAAUCAAUAUGCCGCCAAUGUUAACCGAAGGAGUGGUGGACUAUGACGACGGCACACCAUCGACGACGUCGCAAAUGGCAAAGGACAUGAUCGAGUUUUUAAGCUGGACAUCCUCGCAAAACUUGGACGAACGAAAGCGGAUGUUUAUUAAGGCGAUGGGAAUCUGUAUUAUAUUACUAGCUUCGGCCGCUCACUAUACGAGAUACGUUUGGUCGCACGUGAGGAGCAGGCAGAUCGCAUAUGUGCCCAAGGGAAGAUAUUAG